AUGGGCUACAUCAGUCAUCUAAAUGAGUAUAUGUUUGUGGAGUUUCUCAGCUCAUUACAGGUGGCUUUAAAUACCUUGGCAAGUUCUAUCAAAGUGCUUAUCGUGUGGGCAAUGAUUCAUCGGUUGGAUUGUGCCAUAGAAACUCUUGAUAAAUUCGAUGAGCUUGUGACAAAACGCCCCGAGCAAGGCCGAAUACAUCGCACGGUGGCCACCUGUAAUCGAGUGGUGCUCUACUAUAUCCUUUUCUACACGGCAUAUGUGGUAAGCACCUUCUUCCUGGCCGUCAAAAGGGGUAGGCCUCCGUAUCAAAACUAUUAUCCGAUGUUGGACUGGCACGCAAAUAGUUUAAACUUUUGGCUUCAGUUGACGCUGGAAUUUUUUAGCACGCUGGGUAAGGGUUUUCAGAAUGCUUGCGUCGAUUGCUAUCCCAUUGUGUUUAUAUUGCCACUCCAAACUCAUAUACGUAUAUUUUCGGAGCGCUUGCGGCAACUGGGUGAAGAUUUGAGUACUCCCGAAGAACGUUAUAGGAAGUUAGUUGAUUGCAUCGAGUAUCAUAAGACCAUUUUGGGAUAUUGUGAUGUAUUACGUCCCAUAAUAUCGGGAACCAUUUUUGUUCAGUUCCUGGUUCUGGGUCUAGUUAUAGGCUUCACGGUCUUUAGCAUAAUGAUGAGCGAUGAUUGGGGAACGUUGGCAGAUGCCCUAUUUGAAUCGAACUGGAUUGAAGAAGAGCAGCGUUACAAGAAGACAAUGCAAUACUUUUUGCAGAAGCUACAGCAGCCCAUCAAGUUCAUGGCCAUAAAUGUGUUCCCCAUAUCGCUGGCUACAAAUAUUGAUAUGAUGAAGUUCGCCAUGUCAGUGUUCGCGUUCAUGCAGAAAAUGCGAAUUGUAGAGAAGUUCUCGCGGCAUCCACACCAUGCUUAA